AUGCUGCUAACAAAGCUGAUAACGUUAGCGGUAGCUGGUGUAUUGCAGGUGCAUGGACAGUCGGAAUGGGAUGGUGAGGCUGAAUUUAUCCCCCCGUCGAUUUUGAUUCCCGUUUUUGUGCGUAACAAGGAACAUGCUUUGCCGUACUUUUUCGGUGGCUUAGAGCGGCAGAAUUAUCCUAAGAGUAGGAUUCGCCUUUGGUUUGUCACCGACCACAACGCGGAUAAUUCCUUGGAAGUGAUCAAGGCCUGGAAAGAAGCCUGGGAGAUGGAAUACAUGGACAUCAAGAUAGAAAUCCGCGAUCCUCGAAAAGGGCACUGGAACGACGCUCAGACGGAACUGAGCUGGUCGCCGAACCGGUACGAUCAUAUUCUAAAAUUGCGGCAGCAAGCGCUCAACCACGCUAGAAAUAUGCUCGUUGAUUAUUUGUUCAUGAUCGAUGCUGACAACAUCCUUGUCCAGCCAAGUUUAUUGCGAAAACUGGUCCUUCGAGAUAAGCCAAUUGUGGGGCCUAUGCUAGAAACCGGCGUUCCUUUUUCCAAUUUCUGGUCGAAUCAAAACACCGAAACGGGCUACUACGAGCGAGGAAAUGACUACUACGACAUUCGAUACUACGAGCAGGAGUUUCUGAAUGUCCACAAAGUUCCAAUGCUCCAUUCGUGCUAUUUGAUCGAUAUGAAUCGCAGAAAAUCGCAGCUGAUUCAAUAUUGGCCCAGAAUCGGAAAGUAUUCUGAUGAGCUGCCUUACUGGCCGAUGGAUGAUAUUAUUUAUUUUACUGGAAUGGCCAAGUUGAACAAAAUUGACCUUUGGGUGGAUAACACGAUGGCUGCUGGUUGGUUUCCGUACCCGGUUCAAUCUGGAGAAUUGCCCGACGAGGUGGCCAUGUUCAACCACAUGCUGAUGGAAAUGAAUACGCUACCGCCUGUCGGUUGGGAUAUGAUCCCGCAAGCAUCUGCCGCCACGCCGCCAGUUUGGCCCGUUCAAACGAAACAUGGCCUCUCGGAAAUUUUCGUCAUCAACCUCGAGAGAAGAGUUGAUAGAAAAGAAAGAAUGGACUUUUGCAUGCGAAUUCAAGGAAUAAAAUAUACUCUCGUUCCCGCUGUCGAUGGGAAAGCCCUAACUCAAGAGGACAUUGACAACCUCGGAAUCCGACAACUACCCGGCUUCUCCGACCCGCACAAGCCACGGACAAUCACUCGCGGAGAAGUCGGUUGUUUCCUCUCUCAUUUCUAUCUUUGGCAAAAAAUGGAACCGGGAGAAAUUUAUUUGGUCCUCGAAGACGAUGUUCGAUUUGGACCCGAUUUCGUCGUCGAUUUGCGACGCGUUCUUAGAGAAGCGAAAACGAUCGAAAAGUGGGACUUGAUUUAUGUUGGACGAAAACGCGGACCAGGAGCGGAUAAUGAUGUAGAAGUAAUGGUCACGGAGAACAUUUCCAACGUGACGUACAGUUUCUGGACCUUGGGAUACAUCAUCACUGGAGAGGCAGCGCAAGUGUUGGUCGAUGAAAAACCCUUGGAAAAGCUGAUCCCAGUCGAUGAAUAUUUGCCGAUCAUGUACGGAGCGCACAAGAUCGACAGCUACACGAAAGCCUUCAAGAACAAGAACCUCAAAGCGUUCUCUGCCAAUCCCGUCCUCGUCCAGCCAACGCACUACACUGGCCAAGAAAAUUAUUUUACCGACACGGAGCCUUCCACUGACGAUGACAUUCUUCAAUACGAAAAUCUAAAUGAUGCAAAAGAAGAGCUUUGA